AUGGAAAAAAGGAAGGGAUCGCUGGACACAGUUGCACAUUCAAAAGAUGCUUUAUAUGAAGAUGAUAUCUAUGAAUAGCCAGUGCAAAAAGAAAAAAAAGAGGAGACAAGCUCUAAAUUCCAAAAAAUUUAACCAGACACCAUUUUGGAAUAAGCAGAAGAAUUUACUUAAACAAAAUAGGAAGAGUAAAGCUAAGAAGAAAAAGAUUAGGUAUUAAUUAGUAAAAUGAUGUAAAUGAUGGAAAACUUAGAAUAAAAAUAUAAAUCUGUGAAGAAUGAAUAUGUCUAAAAUAGAGAAUCUGCUAAAAUAGAACUACAAAUAGAAAAGUAACUGUAAAAUAUAGAAUAAAUAUAAAGCGAUCUGGAAUAUUAAAUAUAAAUUUAAAAGGAAAUUGUAGAUUAGGCAGAUAUUGUUUAAGAUUUGUAAACGGGCAAAGAUAAUUUAUUGCUGAAUCUAGUUUCACAAAUGAAAAAAAUUUAAAAUUAAAAUGAAAACCAAUAAAAAUAGCUCUUAGAAAAGGAAUAAGAAGAGAAAAGAUAAAAAGAUGAAAAAAUAAAGGAGCUUGAGUUGAUGAUCCAGAAACUCAAAGAGGAAAACGAAAAUAUAUUGAGAAAAUCAUUCUAAUAAUCAAAAUUAGAAUAGAAUUCCUAAGAUAAUAAUGAAUCUCCCUAAUAAAUUAAAAAAAAGAAGUUUGUUACUGAAGGUUAGAAAGAAAUAUGGUUACCAUAAAAUGAGUUAAAUAGCAAUGAUUUCUCUUACUUUUCAAGUAACCCUUCAAAUAAGAUAAAAUUGAAGCCUAUUCAUAAAUCAACAAUACCACAUUACGAAUAUAUACCUCCUCCUAAAACAAAUAUCCUUUAGUCGUCUUUGAAUAAAGAACUUUAUAAAGUAGCUUAGUCUAAUAGAAAUGUGUUCUUGUAAGCAAUAAAAGUGGAUGGAACGUAACGCCAUAAAACUCCAAUAACUUAAAGUAAAGAAAAGUUUUAAAUAUAUAACACACCUUAAAGUGAGCCUAUAAUAGGAAAUAAAUAUAGAAUUAAAAAGUUUCAGCUACCACAAGGUUAAAACUAAAAAAAUAUAUUUAGUAAUUAUUUAAGUACUGAAUCUUUGAUUUUCUCUAGAGGAGGUAACUUUUUACAUAAAAACGAAUUAGGCAAUACAAACGCUCAUUAAUUAAGAAAAACAAAUUAGCAUUAGUAAUCAAGAGAUAUGAAUGAUUUCUUCUUCGAAAAGCCAAAUCCUUAACCAAAUAAAUAUUGA